AACUUCUUAAAGCCACGCCCCUGAAUUGCAAAAGGAGGUUCUUCAGAUCAAAAUUAUAAGAAGGGAACUGGAACAUCAGGAAUGAGAAAGUACAACAGGAAUGGAUUCAGUGACUUUCACGGAUGUGGCCAUAGACUUCUCCCAAGAUGAGUGGGAAUGGCUGAAUCUUGCCCAAAGGACUUUAUACAAGAAAGUGAUGCUAGAGAACUACAGGAACCUGCUUUCAUUGGGUCUUUGCCUUUCUAAACCAGACAUAAUCUCCUUACUGGAGCAAGGUAGAGAGCCGUGGAUGAUGGAAGGAGAGAUGACAAGAGGCUUCUGCUCAGACUUGGACUAUGUUUGGAUGACCAAGGAAUUAUCACCAAACCAGGGCAUUUAUGAAGAAAAAUUAUCCCAGGCAAUGAUAAUGGAAAGACUUCCAAGCUAUGACCUUAAAUGUCCCACAUUAGGGGUAAACUGGAAAUGUGAAGACCUACUUAAGAGGGAGCUGGUAAGUCAGAAGACACACUUCAGUCAGGAGACAGUCACUCAUACAGAUGCCCUUAUUGAGAGAAGAGACCACUUUAACAAAUCUGGGAGAGUUUUUCAUCUGAAGAGAUCAUCUUAUCUAAAGCAGGUAUUUCCCAUCAAAGAGAGAAUAUAUAAUUUUGAGACCGAUAAUAAAAGUUUAAAAACACAUUCAUUUGUGAAAAAACACAAGCAAGUCUACAGAGAAAUGAAACUUCUGAAAUGUAAUGACUGUGAGAAAACUUUCAGCAAAAUCUCAACCCUCACUCUUCAUCAAAGAAUUCAUACCGGAGAGAAACCCUAUGAAUGUACUGAAUGUGGGAAAGCCUUCAGCCAGAGUGCUCACCUCGCCCAACAUCAGAGAAUACAUACAGGAGAAAAACCCUUUGAAUGUACUGAAUGUGGGAAAGCCUUCAGUCAGAACGCUCAUCUUAUUCAACAUCAGAGAGUUCAUACUGGAGAGAAACCAUAUCAGUGUAAGCAGUGUAAUAAGGCCUUCAGCCAGCUUGCGCACCUUGCUCAACAUCAGAGAGUUCAUACUGGAGAGAGACCCUAUGAAUGUAUCGAAUGUGGGAAGGCCUUUAGUGAUUGUUCAUCCCUAUCUCAUCAUCGAAGGAUUCACACUGGAAAGAGACCAUAUGAAUGUGUUGACUGUGGGAAGGCUUUCAGGCAGAAUGCUUCUCUUAUACGUCAUCGGCGGUAUUACCAUACUGGAGAGAAACCGUUCGAUUGCAUUGAUUGUGGGAAGGCUUUCACUGAUCACAUAGGCCUUAUUCAGCAUAAGAGAAUUCAUACUGGAGAGAGACCUUACAAAUGUCAUGUGUGUGGGAAGGCUUUUAGCCAUGGCUCGUCCCUGACUGUACAUCAGAGAAUUCAUACCGGAGAGAAACCUUAUGAGUGUAAUAUUUGUGAGAAGGCCUUUAGCCAUCGUGGCUCACUUACUCUUCAUCAGAGAGUUCAUACUGGGGAGAAACCCUACGAAUGUAAAGAUUGUGGGAAGGCUUUUCGGCAGAGUACACACCUUGCUCAUCACCAGAGAAUUCAUACUGGAGAGAAACCUUACGCAUGUAAGGAAUGCAGCAAAACUUUCAGCCAGAAUGCUCACCUUGCACAACAUCAGAAAAUACACACUGGAGAGAAACCUUAUGAAUGUAAGGAAUGUGGUAAGGCUUUCAGUCAAAUUGCACACCUUGUUCAACACCAGAGAGUUCACACUGGUGAGAAGCCUUAUGAAUGUAUUGAAUGUGGGAAGGCCUUUAGUGAUGGCUCCUAUCUUGUCCAACAUCAGAGACUCCACACCGGGAAAAGGCCAUAUGUAUGUCUUGAAUGUGGAAAGGCAUUCCGACAGAGGGCGUCCCUGAUUUGUCACCAGAGGUGUCAUACAGGCGAGAAACCUUAUGACUGUAAUGUUUGUGGGAAAGCCUUUAGCCAUCGUAAAUCUCUUACUCUACAUCAAAGAAUUCAUACAGGAGAAAAACCUUAUGAGUGUAAGGAAUGUAGCAAAGCCUUCAGCCAGAUUGCCCAUCUUACACUUCAUAAGAGAAUUCAUACUGGAGAAAGGCCCUAUGAAUGUAAAGAAUGUGGGAAAGCCUUCAGGCAGAGUGUACAUCUUGUGCAUCAUCAGCGAAUUCAUACUGGAGAGUCGUCCUCAAUUAUUCCCUCCUCCUCACUCCCAUACCACCAAGUCCUCUAGAUUCAAUCUUC